CAGCCCACUUUAUCUCAGCCCAUAAUAUCAUCUCCUCAGAGACCACACCUCUUAACGACCAUAAAUCUGGCUAGCAUCAUACUGCUGUGCAUACCCAGCCUGUGGCGAAACGCCUGCCGGUGCCUGGGCCGGCACAUUUGCAUAUCCACCCGACUGAUCAUACCCAGUCUGGGCCUGGGCCUGGGCCUGGGCUGGCUGGGCAUAGCCGCCUGCCUGGCCCACAGCAUAACCAGCAGCUGGACCCUGGGGUGCGCCAUAUGUAGCUGGGUCCGGCUGCACCUGAUGAUACCCAUAACCGGCAGCCACAGCAGCUGGUUGCUCGGAAUAACCGCCAGGCUGAGGCACCGGGUACGAGCCGUAGCCUCCGGUUGGGCCCGCCUGAGAAUAUGCAGCGGGCGGUGGCUGCUGCUGCUGAGGCCCGGCUUGACCGUAUGCGAUGGGCUGCCCGUAUCCGGACCCGGAUUGCGCCAUGGCGGGUGGGUGGCCAUAUCCUUCGCUGGGUGGUGCAGAGCCGUAAGGAGGAGGAUAACUCUGUUGCGUGGAUGGGAUAAGGUUGCUGAGGUGGCAUGUUCUGACCGUAUGGUUGGGCUGAUGACGGGGCACCUUGAUAAGGGGCUUCCACAGGCUGGUUGGGCCUGUAGGGUUGAGAAUGAGGGACUUGUGGUGGCUGCUGCAUGUUGUACAUUGGUGGCUUACUGUGUUGGUCAUAUGGUGUUGGUUGAGGCCCAUAAUGCUGUUGGUUCCCGUAUUUAG